AUGGCGGCCGCGCUCGGCGUGGUCGGCGCGAUGCUGCUGCUGGCGCCGCUGAAGGGGCUGGUCGCGGAGGCCGGCGGGGCUGCCGGGGAAGAGCUGAUGUGGCAGACCAGGCUCCUGGCCCUGUGCUUGCUUGCCUUUGCGGUCGCCCUGGACGGGCUGCACCAAGUGCUGGCGGUGGCCCGCGCUGGCUUCUUCUGGGGCGCUGACGUCCUAGGGGAAGCGGAGGACAUCGUUUAA